ACAAGGCGGUGAUUUAAACUGGCGUAAAUAAAACUUAAGCAACAUGAAGAGGUCUGAAGCUUUUGAGACAGAGAAGGAGAUUAAGAAACAGAGGCUUGUAAAAGAGCUGGAAGGGAGGCGGCUUCCCUUCUUGGCGCCCGGUGAUGCAGGUUUCCAGCAGCUGCUCAGAGUUGGCUGUUCGUCUGUGUUGGCAGAUGCUGACUCUGGGGCCGGAGAGCUGGAUGGGGCUGCUUGGCGUGUUGGGCUAAAGGUGGCCUGGGACAUCGACACACCCGGGCUAGUGCUGCCCCUGCAGUCCGGUGACUGCUACUACAUGCUGGAUGAUCUCAACACGACCCACCAGCACUGCGUCUUGGCCGGUGCCUCGGCUCGGUUCAGUUCCACGCACAGAGUGGCAGAGUGUUCAACAGGCACACUGGACUACAUCCAGAGACGCUGUCAGGAGGCUCUGAAGUUCCUGCGCUCAGACCUGGACUCUGGCACCCACACUCUGCGUUCUUUAGAGCCUUCUGUUCUGCAGCAUUGUGAAGAAAUCCACAACGAGGUGGAGUUCCAGUGGCUGCGCCAGUACUGGUUUCAGGGAAGGCGCUACGAAAAAUUCUGCAGCUGGUGGCGCAAACCCAUGGAGGAGUUGGAGGAGGCCUGGCGAAAGAUGGAGAUCAUGACGCAGCUGGCGCUGGCGGAGGCCGAGGAUGCAGCGCGGACAAUGGAGAGGAGGAGAGAAGUGGCGCAGGUUCUCUUGCCCUUCCUCACUGAGCGACAGGAGCGCAGGCAGCUCUGGAGAGCCAGGUGCCACUCCAGACUUGCCCAGACUUUGCCACCUGAUGAGGCCCCUAUGUGCCGCCCCGACUGGCAUGAUGAUGACUCGUCUAUGCCCCUGCCCUUUGACCUAAAGGCCAUAAUAGAUGCACUGGAGAGGGUCCUUUAAAGAGGAGGCUUUGAAGAAUGGCUGUGAAAUGGUCUUCUGCAGCAUGCAUGUCAGCCUAAAUGGAUUACUGAAGACCAAGAUCUGGUCGCCUGUCACCACUUGCCUUUAGACAGUAUCCAUCAAUGUGAGGCCAACACCCACAGCACACUCUUUCUCCAACUUGAGCCAGAUCUGGGGGCUCGGUAUGUUGAUUAGGAACAAGCAGAAAAGAGGCUGGUCCUCCAGUCGCGACUUUGUCGCUUAUGCAUCAUCUUUUUCUGACAAAAUACUGAACCCUGAGACAAAGUGCCCACUGUAUGGACUUGUUUAGGCAUCAGUGCAAUGCUUUGACAUUCAGUAAAUCUUUCCAUAGUAACGGAAAUCUGUGCAACUGCUGUUAUCUGUACGAUUGCCUUGCUAGCAGUCUGUGUCGUAACUGCAAUCUGACAGAGUCAACCAUAAUGUUUCUUACAGCUCCAGAUUUCUGAGGUGUCAGAGUGGUCAAUGCUAUAACACAUUCGUUGUUUGAUACCUUAUGAAAUUGCUGUUGAUUAAGAGCUGACACGUGUCAUUUAUCUUUACCACAAGAUUUUCUCUUUAUUUUCUUGCUGCCUACUGUAGGGAUAGACAACAUGCCAUUUUUCUGUGACUUGCUGUGCACCCAUUACGCAGUGCUGUGAUCAUGGAGUCGUGUUCUACCAGUUCCGUAUGCAUGUGUGUGUCGGCAGUGCCCUGUUUCCACUGCUGUUGGUGGCUAUCACUGGCUGCCAUGUGUUUUGACAAUAAUUAGCAAGAGGAGCCUCAGGUGCUCUUGAGGGAUAUUUGAGUCUGUUGAGGAAACGUGGACCCUCUUUUCUGUGUGUUACAUUGAUAAGAGUCCCCCUUAUCGUCAUCGCCUGCUGCGGCUCCAGUGCGGAACACAUGGAUUUUGUAAUUACAGCUGUUUUGUGAUUUUUAAUUACUUUAAAACUGUGUUUAGCAUUCUUUUUGCUCUUGUACUGUAGGGGAUUUUAGUCAUUUUUAUGAUUUUGAUUAAAUUGGAUUUUUUUAGGAAUGCGAGAGAGGAAGGGAGUUCGCUUGAUGUUUUUGUAGACGAUUACGCAUAAGCUAGGAAAUGCCUUGUUAAUAAAUUAU